CCUUCGAUCUAGUACCGUUCAAUGCUUCGAGCAUGAAUAAAGCAUUAGCUAGUAAAAUUCAAGAAUAAUUCCUUCAUUCUCAUGAAAGCAUCUUCAGUUCAAAUCGAAUCGUUGCCUGUUUCGGAUCGCUGUAGAAUUUUCAAAAAUGUCUCCGAUUUGACAGUUGAGAAUUUUUGAAAAGUCGGUUCUAAAAUUUUUAAUUAAAACAGAAUCAGUUAAUUAUAUUUUCAGACUAUCAUAAAGAAAAAUUAUGUCCUCAGUGAAUUUAAUUCGGAUAUAAAGAAAGGUUAAGGACAUUGAAUAGAAAAAUUGGCAAAUAAUAAUAAAAUGAAUGACAAAGAAGUACCUGAUUGGUAAAAUGUAAAGGACUAAUUAAGUAUCCCGCAGCGUUAAUACCGAGAAAUUAAUUAAUCUAGCCUUCUACCACGUCGUUCAGCAUCAGGGAAUCUAUCGUAGGCAAUUGAUUAAUUACUGUGGAAUAGUAUGAAUUAUAAUUAUAUCGUGUUAACAUUGAAGAGUCCUCGAUGAUUCUCCUUACUCUGGGUGUUGUUUUGAUACUCUCGAUCGAAAGAGGAAGCACCAGCGUCCUUGUGGCAGAUACGACAAUGUCCAGAAUGGUCGAACUGAACGCAGACGCACCUUUUUGUUCGCUUUAUACGGACAGAGGCAUUAUUCAGAGGAUGAUGCUGGGUGCCGAUCCGAGAAGAGUUCGUCAAAUGUCCAGUAACCUGGUGGCGGACCUUGAAGAGACUUGCAAAGCAUCUCGUAAUAAAGGCAAGAAUCAAGCACCAGGUGGUGGCCUCAUUUACCCUGGUACGAAAUGGUGCGGCCCAGGUAGUCUGGCCAAGUCUUACGACGAACUGGGACAACAUACAGCCGAGGAUGCCUGCUGUCGGGAACAUGAUCACUGUCCCGCAACUAUUGCACCUAAUCAGUGCAUUCAUGGGAUAUGUAACAAUUCGCCGUUCACCAGGUCGCAUUGCGAUUGCGACGCCCAGUUUCGUCGGUGUUUACAAAAUCUUAACACCGAAGUGGCGAAUACGUUGGGUGCACUUUUUUUCAACGUUAUUCAAGUAACAUGUUUCAAGGAGAGACGGCCAUGUUCUCAGUGGCAAAGUUGUCCCAUGCAAUGGGAAAAUUCUCCGAGAUAUGAUACUAGUGCUUGGGAGAGAAGCCGUAAGUCUCGACUGUUAGAACAUCUACAGCCAAAAUUGGCAUUGCUACAAUUUAUUUUCAAGAUGCUCGAUAAUCUAGCAUCACACAAAUCUCUGCUGAAUUGAAAGUGUAGAUUGCUGAGUUUUUGUCGAAAAAACUGGCUACGCGGAAGCAGUUUCCGACUUGCUUUGCUCGCAAUACAAGUUUCGCCCUAGCGACAAGUAUGUACCGCUUAUGCCAUUAAAUAUGAACAUAUGAACUCGGAAGUAACAAAAGAAAAGCCCCACAAAUAUGCAAACUUAAACAACGGAAGAACGUUUUAUUUAAUUAGUAUUGCAUACAGCCCGGGGCCAUGGUACUAGUGUAGUUUAAAAAACCAGAAGAAACGAAAUUACGCAAUAUACGUCGUAAACAACGAGAAGCAAGGUGAAAUCUUUUUUUUAACACGGUAGCUACAAGCAUUCCUUGAAUUGUAUAUUGCUGGAAAAAACUGUAGAGUAUAGAUCAGGUUUGAGAUUGGCAUUGAACUUUUUGGAAAGUAAAAGAGAAUGUUUUGUCCGAACGGAAUAACAACGAUUUUUAUUGGACGUGUUAUGCGUCACGUGGCCUUUUCAAAAUCUGUCCGGCACAGUAAAGAUAUGUGAAUUUUCUUUUCCCUAGAAACCUUCGACCAAUAUCGAUAGUACAUUAAUAAUUUCUAUAUACAUACGUACGAGGUAUACAAAAAGUCCCUUAAGAUUUCAUUCGAUGGUCAAAUACAGCAAUAAUAUAUGGAAGUUUCUAAAAAUUGUUGUUAUUGCCACUAGUGCGCUGGUACAGCUAAAAUUUUUGUUAAGUCUUUUUCAUUGUUACAAUUUUUAAUAAGUUGUAUAGAUGGCUUUGUUUACGGAUGUGAUAAUACAUAAUUCGUCGGGUGACAACGAACUAUAUACAGUUUCAAAUGAUUCUUAUAUGGAUAUAAUGAAAUUAAUGAUUUAUAGCCAUAGUAAUAUUUAUGAGAUUUUAUCCUAGGGAUUUUACUUGUUAUAUGAAUGAUAGCUUACAAGGCAGUGGAGCAUUAUAUAAUUUUUAUUAAAAUGAAGACAAUGAUGUAUAAUAGCAAGUUGAAGCGUUUACAGGCAGUAAGACGUUAGGAGCGCAAGGACCAAAAGCACAAGCAUUACCAACAUAUCGGAAAUAAAUAAAUAGAAAUCUAACAGGAAUUGAAAUUAAUGAUUGAUCUUCUAUCAAUUGUGAAAUGGAUGGAUCUAGAUAGGCUAUCCUAGUACAACUGAUACAUGAGGGACUUUUCAAAGAAACUAGAUUUAGGAAUCCUAGUCGAACAUAGAAUAUUAGAUUAAUGAUACAUAGCGUUUAAUAAGUUAGAUCCAAUACGUGUAAGAUAUUUUUUUUCAUUAAUUUAGUGAAAUAGAUUUAAUGAUUUAUAUUUUGUCAGCGUUAAAGAUUUAUGCAAAUUUUAUGAAGAUGUUAUUCCUUCAGGAGCUUCUGUACUAGAGCAAAAUAAAGAUUUGGAAAAUGCA